AUGGCUCCAUCACCUCACCAACAACACUCGCAGCUCGUCGUCGACCCUGACACUGUUCCGGUUGGGGGAGAAGAGGUCAGGAGCCAGGCAGAGUCCCGAGAAGAUGCAAAGCUAUUGAAAUCGAUGGGCUAUAAGCCAGUGAGUCAGCCUCAGCAAACCUAUUGCAUGCAGGUUUGUCUAACCAUACUUAUAGCUGCUCUUUACUUCGUUGGAGGUGUGCGCGUCACUUAUAGUACCGGUAUCGCAGCAGGUGGUAAUCUGGCUUACUGGACGAGUUAUCUGGUCACGUUGGUUUUCACAUACAUCACCGCUGCCGUUAUCGCGGAAGUAUGCUCUGCCUCGCCCUCCGCGGGCUCUAUCUACUUGUGGGCCGCGGAGUCUGGAGGCCCUCGCUUUGGAAGGCUACUCGGAUUUGUUGUUGCUUGGUGGAGUACUACUGCCUGGACGACCUUCUGUGCUAGCAACACCCAAUCUGCUGUCAAUUACAUGCUCUCCGAAUUGACGGUCUUCGACGUCGACUUCCCAAAAGACACAUCCAGUGUCAAGUUCCGUGCUGUCCAAUGGAUUUGCACAGAGAUUUUGCUAGCAUUGGCCGCACUCCUCAACUACCUGCCGCCUAGGUUCUUCAGAUGGGUGUUCUACUUCUCGUCCUUCAUCGUCAUGUUGGACUUCUUUCUCAAUGUCAUCUGGCUGCCGAUUGGCGCUGCCAAUACAUGGGGUUUCCGUACGGCUGAGGAGGCUUUCAUGUCCACCUACAACGCCACAGGUGCCCCUGCAGGCUGGAACUGGUGUCUUUCCUACCUCGCCACUGCGGGUAUCCUGAUCGGUUUUGACGCCUCCGGUCAUGUUGCAGAAGAGACCAAGCAUGCUUCGGUGACGGCAGCACGUGGUAUCUUCUGGAGUACCGUCGUCAGUGGCAUUGGUGGACUAGCAACUAUCAUUUUGUUCCUCUUCUGUGCAGUGAGUUCCGCACCUCCACAUAACGAUUACCCAACAAUCAAAUACUUACGUGACCAGCCCGACAACGACACUCUCAUGUCCUUCGGCUCCCCCCAGCCUUUCGUGCCCCUCUAUGCCGUCGUUCUCGGCAAAGGAGGUCAUGUUUUCAUGAACGUCAUCUGCAUAGUUGCAUUAUGGCUCAACACAGCGAUCGCCAUCGUCGCCGCCUCCCGCCUAGUCUUCGCCGUCGCUCGCGACGGUGUCCUCCCAUUCUCCAGCUGGGUCUCCAAAGUCCACAACGGCCAGCCCCGCAAUGCCGUCAUCGUAGUCUGGGGUGUCUCAGCACUCAUCAGCUGCACGCUCCUACCCUCCGAUGUUGCUUUCACAUCUCUAGUCUCAGCCGCCGGUGUUCCUAGCGCCGCCGCAUACGGUCUCAUCUGUCUAGGCCGACUCCUCUGCACCCCGAAACGCUUCCCAAAGCCAGAGUGGAGUCUAGGACGCCUAAGCAAGCCGUUCCAAUUCAUCGGUGUCUUCUGGAACGGCUGGGUGGUAGCUGUGCUAUUCUCACCCUACGAAUUCCCCGUGACGGGUGCUAAUCUAAACUACGCCCCGAUCAUCAUGGCCGGUGUGACCAUCUUCGCCCUAAUCUCUUACUUCGUCACCCCCGAAAGCGCCUGGUUGCCUAUUGACCGCAUCUCGCAUUUCAUCGACAGUAAGGGUGCUGAUGUGCACGAAUCCGUUGAGGAAGUUGGUAGUGGUGAUAAUCAUCGUCAGCCUGAGGCGACAACGUCUUCCUCAGGGAGGGAGGAGAACUGA